AUGACAAUGCUCAUACUCAAGCAUACGAAGGCAGAUACAAAAACCUUGGCCCGCCGGGACAGUGUGCAUUUUCAAGGAGACAGUCUACUGAGUCUGGCCUUGAGAAGGGCGGAUGAAGGGAUCAUCAAACAAGUUCUCGAAUCGGAGCUUACGAGAUCUUAUCACUCUUUCAGGAAAAGUGUAUACGGCCUGGAAACCAAAACCCACUGGGCAUCCAACCUUGGCCCAGAUACCGGCAUGUUCAUUCACAACAAUCCAAUAACGCCACUUGAUGAUUGGACGCUGCAGAAGUUCUGCAACAAACCAGCAGCAUUGUACUGGGCGCGUUCGGCUCAAAUCAAUGAACGCUGUCCACGCUUAACAUUCGCUUGUAUCUACAAGCAAUGGUUCCGUUCCCACAACCACGAUCCGAACAUCGAAUUCGGUCAAUUCUUUGCAAAUCCCAUCCGGAUUUCCUCCACCGGUCCCGAAACAAUAGCCGGUACCCUCGAAGCCCACAAGUGUCUCUGCAAUCAGGCAGCCUCACUUUUGAAUAUCAUCCGACGAGGGGAGGCUGGCGAAGUUCGUUUGGGUACACGAACGCAUAAAGUUAGAGAGCCGGUUCAACGGCAGACCGUGAUUAUGGUUUUGACUGGUGACGACAAUGGUCUCAGCGCGCCAAUAAUUUUCGAUACCAUCAGGUCGCAGUCACUCCCACUUGCAAAAGCUGACAUCGCCGACGACGUAGAUAAUAUCCGUGUCUCUUUAAAAACAGCCGUACAUUUCAUUGCGGAUUUACAGUGGCAAGAAGAAGAAGCUUUCCCGGAUUUGCGACGGAUUGCGACUGAUCGAUCCAUUGGCCCAACAACCGAUAACAUAUCGUUCGGCCUGAUCAGUGCAGAUGAAUGGGUUGAUGAGAUUGUGCACAAAUCAGAAGAGGAGGGCGACAACAUUGUUAUUGAAAUGAAGUCUGCGGCGUGGAAAAUGAAAGCGAAGCAACAAGGGGAUAGCGUUCUUCAGCGAGAGUUCGAUAAUUUCUCUCCGAUGUGGGAGUAG